AUGGAAAAUUAAGAGUAUAAUAAAGAAUUACACUAUCAGAAAUAAGUCAGAACACUCAAGUUGCCCCUCAAACCCAACCUUAAAGUAUUGGAUGUCAGCGGACUGAAACUCAAAGAUCUCUCCUUUCUCUCCGAUCAACAAGAUAUCGAAAUAUUGAUUGCAGAAUCAAACGAAUUGACCAACCAAUGUUUCAAAGAAAUAGCCCAUCUCAAAAAAUUGAAAAUACUUUCUCUCCAAGACAAUCAGAUUGUCGAUGAUGCCAAUCUCAAAUUGCUUGCCGAUGCAAACCUAUUAGAAUUGAGAUUGCUUUUCAACCCAAUAUGCCAAACAUAACAAUACUAUAAAUUAAUUUAUAAAGCUUUGCCAAACCUCUACACCUUAGAUGAUUACGAUCAAGAUGGCCUACAAAUACAUAGUUUAUUCUGA